CGCGGACAGCAAUUCUUUCGCGACUCUGGAUUUACGCACAACCACAAUAUGACUACAGCACACAGACCUACGUUUGACCCCGCACAAGGCAAAGAGGCCCUCCGUGGUCCGGCCUACCACCAGCGACUGCUUCCCGCACACAAGCUCUUGAAGACACGUCAAUUCGGCCAAGGCACCGAAGCGGAAGCCACCCAGCGCGACCUCCGCGCCGAACUCCUCCAGGCUGAGGCCGCCCAUUUCGCCAAGAAGAACGGAACCCCCCUUGAUGAGCCCACGGUCGAGAGCGUGACGCCCAAGCGCCAGUUGGAGGGGGGUUCGCCGGGCGGAGAUGCAGACACAGGGGAGCAGGAAGAAGAUAUGGAAGCGAAAAGACGAAGGAUAUUAGAAGAGACGAGAGACAUCGACGCGGACUCGGAUGGGUCGGAGGAGGAUAGUAGUGAUGAAGAUAGUGAUGACGAGGAGGAUGAAGCUGCCGAGCUGAUGCGCGAACUGGAGAAGAUCAAGAAGGAGAGGCUGGAGCAGAAGGAAAAAGAGGAACGCGAGCGUGCGGCUGAAGAGGAAGAGAAGCGCGAAUACGACAUUGCGCGCGGAAACCCCCUGCUCAACCCCCAGGACUUCAAUCUGAAGCGACGAUGGGAUGACGACGUGGUCUUCAAGAACCAGGCGCGCGGCACGGAGGAUAAACGGGGCAAGGAGUUUGUCAAUGACUUGUUGCGAUCGGACUUUCACAAGCGGUUCAUGUCCCAACCCUCCUCCAAAACCUUGCACAACCGCAUCAACACGAACAUCUCCCAACUCCUCCAACGCUUCGAGAACAUCAUGGCCACAGCCACGACAGAAAGCACAAGCCACACCUCCACAGCCGUCGAAACCUACCAACUCGACGUCGAGUCCACCGCCCUGGUCCGCGCAGCAGAAGACAUUCUGGCGCUUACGCGGGUGAUGAAGGAGACGUGGCUGUUCGGGAAGCUGGAUACGUUGGGGGAGGAUGAGGCGGAGGUGAAGCGGCGGGAGGAGUUGGAGCGGGAUGCGGGGGCGAUUCAGCGGGCGAUUGAGGAGGGGGGGCUUUUGAAGGCUGCUAAAUAGGUUCUUUGGGAGUGGAGUAUGGUAUGGUCUGGUGCAUUGGGAGUUUGGGUUUCGGGGUGGGAUAUUCGGCGUUACGGUUUGGGGUAUUGCGAAUCUGGUUAUUCGAACCUUGCGGAAAUAGUACUGUACUAUGCAGUACACAUGAUUACUUGUGGUGUCUAUGCUUGCCGAUAGUCUACAAUGCAUAGACCAAGCAAGCGAUGCGCUGGCAUGAAUUAAACGAAUUUCCAAAAGAGAAGGCAAACAAACCACUCAGCAGCACUAUACUAACCAAGCUGCAGUGCGGCAAAGCUACCUAGUAAGCUACGCUAAUCUUAUCGAUAACCACCACCUCCGCCAACCCAACCCAAC